AUGAAGCCUCUUUCUUCUUUUGUUGCCAUUGUUCUGGGUUUGGUUCUGAACUCAGCAGUGUAUUGUAAUGGCGGAAAGACCAGCGUCUACGUUAGGAAAGUGGAGAAAACAGAGGAUAUGCCACUCAACAGUGAUGUUUUCCGAGUUCCCCCAGGCUAUAAUGCACCUCAACAGGUUCAUAUAACACAAGAUCAUCAUGAUGGAAAAGCUGUGAUUGUUUCAUGGGUGACCGAGGAUGAACCGGGUUCCAGUGCUGUUUUUUACUGGAGUGAAAACACCAAGCACAAAGAGAAAGGCUCAAGGCAAAUUCGAUAUAGUACAACCUUCUCAGGCAGUGAAUGGAAGAUUACCAAACGAGCACUCACCAUUGCUCGUGGUAAAAAGACUGGUACUCUCUAUUACAACACCAGAUAUUACUAUGAGGUUGGUUUGGAUCAUACUAGGAGAACAUUUUGGUUUACAACUCCUCCUUCAGUUGGUCCCAAUGUCCCAUAUGCAUUUGGCCUAAUCGGGGAUCUGGGGCAGAGUUUUGAUUCGAAUAGCACAUUGACUCAUUAUGAGCAAAUCCACAGAAAGGUCCGAUGGGUGAAAAUAAGCCUUUUAAGCCUUACACUCACCGGUAUCAUGUUCCUUUCUGAGCAUCGAACAGUACCGCACCGUUUUGGUAAAUGCACACCUCAGUACCAAUGGCUUGAAGCAGAGCUGCCAAAAGUUAACAGGAGUGAAACACCAUGGUUAAUAGUUCUCAUGCAUUCUCCCUGGUAUAAAAGCUACAACUACCAUUACAUGGAAGGAGAAUCCAUGAGAGAACGUAUAUCCAACAUUGCAUACAAUGUCGUAAAUGGCAUAUGCAUUCCUGUGAAGGACCAAUCCGCGCCGGUAUACAUUACGAUCGGUGACCGAGGGAAUCUCGAAGGCUUAGCAACCAACAUGACGGAACCACAGCCGGCCUAUUCGGCGUAUCGUGAAGCCAGCUUCGGUCACGCCAUUUUCGAUAUCAAGAACCGGACUCAUGCUUAUUGUAGUUGGCAUCGUAACCAUGAUGGAUAUGCAGUUGAAGCUGAUUCAAUGUGGGUUUUCAACAGAUUCUGGCAUCCAGUUGAUGAGACUUCAACCUCACAAUGAGAAUUAAACGUAUUUCCAUUUCU